CUGCAACUGAAGCACUACUGUAAUUCUGUGGCCUAGCGUACAGCAUUAAAUGAAGCGACAGUUAUUUAGAUAAGGCAUAGCGGGUGGAUUAAAGCGAACGACAUCAGUGUUGUAAUAAUAACAGAAGUAGGUGGAUACGUCUUCAACAAGUUUGAUUUAUAUGAAAAUGCUGAACUUAUAAUUUUCGAGGACGAAGCAAGCUGAUUCCGUUGGAGAGAAAUAUAGCUAGCCAGGCAUUUCAUAACGUUAGAUCGAUUUUUCAAUUCGUCGUUGGAUGAACGUUUUCUUUUUGUAGUUUACUUCUACAUUAUUUCUUUUGAUAUUGUGUGCAUAAAAAACGUUUUGGAAUUAGUGGUUAGUCAACGGAAUACCGGAAAUCGAAUUGCACUGGGAUGGACAAUGCCCAUACUAAGACGGUCGAGGAGGUGUUGGGUCAUUUCUGCGUGAAUGAGUCCACAGGCUUGAGCUGCGAACAGCUGAGGAAGAGCAAGGAGAAAUGGGGCCCGAAUGAGUUACCGGCUGAAGAAGGGAAGUCACUAUGGGAACUGGUCCUGGAACAGUUUGAAGAUCUGUUGGUUCGGAUUUUGCUGCUGGCUGCCUGCAUCUCCUUCACUCUUGCCUGGUUCGAGGAAGGGGAGGGUACCAUCACAGCCUUCGUGGAACCCUUCGUCAUCCUCCUCAUCCUCAUCGCCAACGCUAUAGUUGGCGUGUGGCAGGAGCGCAAUGCCGAGAACGCCAUCGAGGCGCUAAAGGAGUACGAGCCGGAGAUGGGCAAGGUUUACCGGCAGGACCGAAAGAGUGUCCAGAGGGUCCGGGCCAAGGACCUUGUACCUGGGGACAUUGUGGAGGUGGCGGUGGGUGACAAAGUCCCGGCAGACAUCCGUCUGACCUCCAUCCGCUCUACCACACUGCGAGUGGACCAGUCCAUUCUGACGGGGGAGUCCGUUUCCGUGAUCAAACACACGGACCCAGUGCCUGACCCGCGAGCCGUCAACCAGGACAAGAAGAACAUGCUGUUCUCUGGCACCAACAUCGCAGCAGGCAGGGCUAUAGGCGUGGUGGUGGCGACCGGGGUGCAGACGGAGAUCGGGAAGAUUCGCGACGAGAUGGCUGCCACCGACCCCGAGCGCACCCCACUGCAGCAGAAACUGGACCAGUUCGGAGAGCAGCUGUCCAAGGUGAUUACAGUGAUCUGUGUGGCCGUGUGGGGAAUCAACAUAGGUCACUUCAACGACCCGGUCCACGGUGGAAGUUGGCUCAGAGGGGCCGUCUACUACUUCAAGAUCGCCGUGGCCCUGGCCGUGGCCGCCAUCCCUGAAGGCUUGCCCGCUGUGAUCACCACCUGUUUGGCUCUGGGGACCAGGCGAAUGGCCCGGAAGAACGCCAUUGUCCGUAGUCUGCCCUCCGUGGAGACCCUGGGCUGUACCUCGGUCAUCUGCUCCGACAAGACCGGUACCCUCACCACCAACCAGAUGUCUGUCCACCGGAUAUUUGUUGUGGACAGUGUGUCCGGCGAUCAGUGCGCCCUGAGCGAGUUCUCGGUGACCGGAUCGACUUACGCCCCAGAAGGGGAAGUGUAUAAGAAUGGGAGCUCUGUGAAGUGUAGUCAGUUCGAGGGCCUGGUGGAGUUGGCUUCUAUCUGUGCCCUGUGUAACGACUCGUCUCUGGACUACAACGAGGCCAAGGGGGUGUAUGAGAAGGUGGGCGAGGCCACGGAGACGGCCUUGUGCUGUCUGGUGGAGAAGAUGAACGUGUUUGACACAGACCUCCGAGGACUCUCUGCUGUUGAAAGAGCCACCGCCUGUUGCUCUGUAAUAAAACAGCUGAUGAGGAAGGAGUUGACGCUGGAAUUCUCCCGCGACAGGAAGUCCAUGUCCGUUUUCUGUUCGCCCAACAAGCUCACCCGCUCCGCCACCGGGGCCAAGAUGUUUGUCAAGGGAGCUCCGGAGAGCGUGCUGGAGCGUUGUCGCUGGAUCCGAGUGAACGGGGGCGCGCGGGUGCCCAUGACCCCAGCGGGACGGGAACAGCUCCAAGGGACCGUCAGGGAGUGGGCGACGGGCCGGGACACCCUCCGGUGCCUCGCCAUGGCAACCAGGGACUCGCCCCCGGAGAUCCGUUCCCUCAACCUGGAGAACUCUGCCACCUUCGCCAACUAUGAGUCAGAUCUGACGUUCGUCGGCUGCGUUGGAAUGCUGGACCCUCCCAGGAAGGAAGUACUUGGCGCAGUCCGCAUGUGUCGCCAGGCUGGCAUCCGGGUCAUUAUGAUCACAGGUGACAACAAGGGCACGGCCAUGUCCAUCUGCCGGCGCGUGGGGAUCAUUACAGAGGAGGAGGAGGAGGUCGGGCGGGACGACCAGUUCUCAGGGGGCCUGACGGGGAGGGAGUUCGACGAGCUGCCCCCCCACCUCCAGAGGCAGGCAUGUCGCACGGUGCGCUGCUUCGCCCGCGUGGAGCCCACACACAAGAGCCGGAUCGUGGAGUACCUUCAGAGCCUGGACGACAUCACGGCCAUGACCGGCGACGGCGUGAACGACGCGCCGGCCCUGAAGAAGGCGGAGAUCGGCAUCGCCAUGGGAUCCGGCACGGCGGUGGCCAAGUCGGCCUCGGAGAUGAUCCUGGCCGACGACAACUUCUCCACCAUCGUGGCGGCCGUGGAGGAGGGCCGGGCCAUCUACAACAACAUGAAGCAGUUCAUCCGCUACCUCAUCUCCUCCAACAUAGGAGAGGUUGUCUGUAUUUUCAUGACUGCUGCUCUGGGCAUGCCCGAGGCCCUGAUCCCGGUUCAGUUACUCUGGGUCAACCUGGUGACGGACGGCUUCCCGGCCACCGCCCUGGGCUUCAACCCCCCCGACCUGGACAUCAUGUCCCGCCCCCCGCGCUCUCCCAAGGAGCCGCUGAUCUCCGGUUGGCUCUUCUGCAGAUACCUCAUCGUCGGAUGCUACGUGGGAGCAGCCACUGUGGGGGCGGCCGCCUGGUGGUUCAUGGCAGCACACGACGGACCCAAACUGUCCUUCUACCAACUGUCCCACUAUCUGCAGUGCAGUGAGGGCCAGGGCGAGUUUGCGGGGGUCCAGUGCUCUGUAUUUGAAUCCCCCUACCCCAUGACCAUGGCCCUGUCUGUGCUGGUCACCAUAGAGAUGUGCAACGCCUUAAACAGUCUGUCUGAGAACCAGUCACUGCUGAAGAUGCCCCCGUGGUCUAAUCCCUGGCUGGUGGGGGCCAUCUGCCUCUCCAUGGCACUCCACUUCCUCAUCCUAUACGUGGACCCCCUGCCCGUGGUGUUCCAGAUCCGGCCCCUGUCGUGGCCCCAAUGGGUUGUGGUCCUCAAGAUGUCCCUGCCCGUCAUCUUCAUGGACGAGGCCCUCAAGUUCCUGGCCCGGAACUGGAUCGAGCCGGGCACCGACGUGGAGCGCCGGGAAGAGGAGCGGGAUCGCCGGCGGAGGGGUCAAGGGUCAGGGGGCGUGGUCGCAGCCGUGAGCAGGGCGUUCAGGGGCGUCUCCUGGUCGUUUGUUUUGAUGUCGUUCCCUCUGUUGGUCUGGAUCUAUAGCCUGGACUCUGACAUUACCAAUAUGUUCUACGAGUGAAGAGGGGAGAGUGGGAGAGGAGGGGUGCAGAGUGGGUUUGGUUAGUAAUAAAAGUGAAGAAGCGAUUGGAAAUAAAAUUAAAAAAAAUUAAAAAAUAGGCAAGCAAGUUCAGGAAAAGAUGGAGUAGUGUUGCACGGUUUUACAAAACGUUGGUACUUUUCUGAGACUAUAACGUGAUAACCGUUUCGCUACUGGAAUUGUUAUUUUUGGUUCUUCUCAAUAAAAUGUCUCUCGGUUGGUUGC